AUAUGAUGUCCGGUGCACUGGCUGUUAUUGGAUUUACUUGGAUCGCGAGUCCUGCCUGUACUGAGUUGGAGAUGCAAAUGAUGGACUGGUUGGCAAAAAUGCUUCAUUUACCCCAACAUUUCCUCUUUAGCAGCGGUGGAAAGGGAGGCGGAGUAAUACAGGGGACGGCAAGUGAGGCCACAUUUGUUGCACUUCUCGGUGCAAGAAGUAAAACAUUGGCUCAAAACGACAAUAACAAGCAAUUACUGACUAAAUUAGUGGCCUAUGCCUCGGAUCAGUCACAUUCCAGUGUUGAAAGGGCUGGGCUUUUAGGUGCCGUUCAGAUGAAACUAUUGCCGUCGGAUGAAAGUUUGAGUUUAAGAGGAGAUGUUUUGAGGGAACAGAUUAAGAAAGACAGGGCUAACGGGUUGAUACCAUUCUUCGUUGUGGCCACACUCGGCACCACUAAUACGUGUGCUUUCGAUAAUUUAGUAGAAGUGGGCACAGUUUGUGAAGAGGAGAAUCUAUGGCUACAUAUCGAUGCGGCGUUUGCCGGAUCAGCUUUCAUUUGUCCUGAAUUUAGGCAUCAUUUAAAUGGAGUGGAAUAUGCCUCAUCAUUCAAUAUGAAUCCACACAAAUGGCUUCUAAUAAACUUCGACUGUUCCACACUUUGGAUAAAAAAUACUGAAUAUAUUGUGGACGCGUUUAAUGUAAAUCCCGUAUAUUUGAGACAUGAUAACCAGGGACAAAUACCUGAUUACAGG